AUGCACGAAGUCUUGGAUGUCCCAAAUAACGGCGAACAUAGAUCAGAACCUCCAAUGCCACCCUUGAAGUUUGGCCCCUUCAGCGUGGCCUCACAAGUCUUCCACACAUCGCCAAGUCGAUUGAGCUACGCCCUCGUAAACCUCAAGCCACUUCUGCCAGGCCAUGUCUUGGUCUGUCCAACGAGAUGCGUGCCACGACUCUCGCAGCUUACGACCGAGGAGACAGCUGAUCUUUUUGUCACGGUCAAGCACGUAUCUCGGACAGUCGAACGGGUCUUCCAUGCGACAUCUCUAAAUGUGGCUAUUCAGGAUGGUGCGGACGCCGGACAGUCGGUUCCACACGUCCAUGUCCACAUCAUUCCAAGGAAGUCUCACGAUCUAGAUGCUCAAGGCGGAUCAGACUCUAUUUAUGGCAUGAUGGACGGGGAGUCUGGUGAUAUUGGGAAGGCGUUCUUGGCUUUGCAGAAGUACCGGGAGCAUAGGAAGAAUGAUCGAGAAUUUACGCCGGACGCCGAUCGCACGCCAAGGUCUGAGCAAGAGAUGCAGGAGGAAGCGGACUGGCUGCGGCGAGAGAUGGAGAAGGAUGAUAGCUCCUGA